AAUACAAUCAAACAUGAAUGACCUACUCAAGGAUUCUUUUGUGAUGAGCAUAGAUGAGACUUCUAUAGAAAGAAACAUUGUUGAAUUAGGAACUCAGAGUCCAAUACUCAAGCCUGAUUAUGGAAUGGAGAAUUUCUUUAAGCAGGUAAAAGAAGUCGAAAAUUUGAUGCAAAAGCUAUCCAAGCAACUGCAGAGACUUCAGGAAGCCAAUGAGGAGUCUAAGACUGUCACUCAAGCUUCAACAAUGAAAGCAAUCAAGCAAAGAAUGGAGAAAGAUGUGGAUAACGGAUUGAAAGUUGCGCGUUGUAUCAAAGCAAAGCUUGAAGAUAUCGACAAAGAUAAUUUAAUAAACCGGCAAAAGAUUGGAUGUGAGAAAGGUUCAGGUGUGGAUAGGUGCCGGAUGGCCACAACUGCUUUCUUGAAGAAGAGAUUGAAAGACAGGAUGAAUGAUUUUCAGAAUCUCCGUGAAAAUAUUCAGAAUGAAUACAGAAAUGUGAUUGAGAGAAGAGUAUUUACAGUCACUGGACAACAGCCAAGUGAAGAGAUGAUUGAUAAUCUAAUAGCGAACGGCAACAGUGAGAAAAUUUUCCAAAAGGCUAUUCAGGAAAUGGGAAGAGGCCAGGUGAUGGAUACACUGAAAGAGAUUCAAGAAAGGCAUGAUGCUGUCAGGGAUAUUGAGAAAAAGCUUCUUGAUCUGCAUCAGGUUUUUAUGGAUAUGGCAGUGCUUGUCGAGACACAAGGAGAGAUGUUAGAUAAUAUUGAAAUUCAGGUGAUAAAUGCCAAGAACCACAUUCUGUCAGGAAAUGAAGCACUUCACACAGCAAAAAAGCUGCAGAAAUCUUCAAGGAAAUGCUUGGUGAUUUCUGUCCUGAUACUUACCAUAAUUGCAAUCAUCAUCGGACUCUCAGUUCUCAAACCUUGGACGCGAAACUAAUAUUAAUUUUCUUUCU